AUGUUCGCCUAUCAGAUCGGGAGGAACAUGGAGGUCUACGUGGACGAUAUGAUCGUGAAAAGUCAAGAAGCCGAAACGCACCUUGCCGACCUGGCCGAGGCAUUCGCUACACUGCGCAAGUUCGGCAUGCGACUCAACCCCACAAAGUGUGCUUUCGGCGUCACCUCCGGGAAAUUCCUCGGGUUCAUCGUACACGAGAGAGGAAUAGACGCCAACCCAAAGAAGGUUCAAGCAAUAAUCAACAUGCAGUCCCCCCGAACGAUUAAAGACCUGCAGCAACUUAACGGAAGGCUUGUCGCCCUGUCUCGCUUCCUCGCCCGGUCAGGUUAUCACUGCCUCCCGUUCUUCAAGGCGCUCAAAAACCCAAAGAACUUCCAAUGGACAUCGGAAUGCGAAGAGGCCUUCAAACAAAUGAAGCGGCACCUGGCCAGCCUCCCCCGCCUCGCCUCUGUCUCCCCUGGCGAGAAGCUGGGCCUCUAUUUAGCGGCUUCCCCGCGAGCAGUCAGCUCUGUCCUUAUUAAGGAAAGCUUCGGCCAACAACUCCCGAUUUACUAUAUCAGCCAUGUCCUGAACGGACCUGAGGAGCGUUACCCGCCAAUAGAAAAACUCGCGCUCGCCCUGGUGCUCUCGGCUCGGAAGUUGCGUCCCUACUUCCAGGCACACCCGGUGGAGGUCAUCACCGACCAACCUCUUCGGCAGGUCUUAACAAAAUUUGAUGUUGCAGGUCGAAUCCUUAAAUGGGCGGUAAAGCUCGGCGAACACGAUAUAAGAUACGUGCCCAGGACCGCCAUUAAAGCCCAGGCAAUGGCCGACUUCAUCGCGGAGUUCACUCAGAUAGAGGACGGAGACCCCAAGCAAACCCCCGAAGCUUGGACCCUACACGUGGACGGCUCGACCAACUCAAGGGGUGCCGGCGCGGGACUGGUCCUCGUUGCCCCUGACGGACGUUCGUUCGAGCGUUCCCUCCGCUUCGGGUUUAAAGCCACCAAUAACGAGGCGGAAUACGAGGCGCUCCUAGCCGGACUAGGGCUGGCCCUCGAGAUGCAAGCAGCCGCGAUACACGUCUUCACCGACUCGCAGCUCGUGGCCGAGCAACUCAGUGGCGGAUACGAAGCCUGUGACCCAACCAUGGCGAGAUACUUGGCGCGGGUAAGGGACCUAACUGCCAAGUUUCAAAACUUUACGUUAUCCAACAUUCCGAGGAAGGAAAACGGACGAGCCGACGCGCUAGCUAAGCUGGCGUCGAAGCCGACCUCCGAGGCACGGCCGGAGGUUGAGGAGCUCCCUGCUCGCGCCAUUGAAGUGGCGACUACGGCCUUAGGCGGCACACCGACCACGUGGGUGCAGGAGCUGUUGCGUUUCAAGCGGGAUGGAACCCUUCCCCUCGACGAAGCAGUGGCUCGGCGCCUACGUCGCACGCACGCAUGGUACACCGAGGAGAGUGGCCGACUUUACAAACGGUCCUUCACCUACCCCCUCCUGCGAUGCUUGGAGCCUGACGAAGCCCAGACGGUCCUAGCCGAGACCCACGAGGGGGUCUGCGGCGAACACAUCGGCGGGCGAACCCUGGCGCACAAGAUACUCCGCCAGGGCUACUAUUGGCCGAACAUGUGCCGGGACGCGAAAGCUUACUGGGGUUUGGACCUCCUCGGGCCCUUCCCACCAGCUUCUGGACAGUGGCGGUACAUAAUCGUAGGAGUGGAUUACUUCACAAAGUGGGUCGAGGCCGAGCCGCUGGCGACGAUCACGGAAUAUCAAGUGGAGAAGUUCGUGUGGAAAAACCUAGUAACUCGGUUUGGGCUGCCCAAGGCCAUUGUCACGGACAACGGACCUCAGUUCGCCGACAGAAGGUUCCGGGAAUUCUGUGCCGGCCAUGGCAUUCAACUGAGGUACAGUUCGGUGGCCCACCCUCAGACGAACGGACUGGCGGAGGUAACUAACCGAUCCAUCUUGGACGGACUCAAAAGGAGAGUAUCCGCAGCCCGAUCGGUCUGGACAGAUGAACUCCCCAGUGUACUGUGGUCGCUGCGCACCACUCCUAAGAACGCGACCGGGGAGUCCCCGUACAGCUUGACGUUCGGGACCGAAGCUGUCUUGCCACCCGAGAUGGCUGUUGCCACCCUCCGGACGAGGAGCUAUGACCAAGAAGUCUUGAGCAAAGGACUUCGUGCUGGUCUCGACAUGCUCGAGGAACGACAUGCUGACGCGCACCUGAAAGCCCUCUCUUACCAAAGAGCCGUCGCGAGGGUCUACAACAAAAAGGUAAGACCCCGACCAAUCAAAUUAGGGGACCUAGUCCUGCGAAGGGUCGAGGUCAGCGACCCGCCCCUAGCAAGGGGAAAGCUGGCCCCCAAGUGGGAAGGACCUUAUCGGGUCACCGAGGUGAUCCGACCAGGUACUUACCGACUCACGACAAUGAAUGGUUCUCCCUUGCCGAGAACUUGGAAUGUCUGGAACCUUAAGAAGUUUUUUGUCUGA